AGGGUAUUCCCGUGUUAUAUUACCCUUCCCUCUUUCUUUUCUUUCUUUUUCAAAAAAUCAGAAUCAGACAUUUCAAUAUGCUUUCUUCCAAGUUCAUUGCCAAGCCUAACGUUGUAGCUAUUCAAAAGCUUGCUGUCCGCUCUUUCACCUCCAUUCCCGUCCCUGCUCCCGUUGAGCAAAAGACUAUUUUCCCCAAGAAGUAUGGAGGUAAAUACACUGUGACUCUCAUCCCUGGUGACGGUAUCGGUCAAGAAAUUGCCCAUUCUCUCAAGGAUGUCUUCAAGGCUGCCAAUGUCCCUGUUGAAUUUGAGCAAUAUGAUGUCUCUGGUUUGACUUCUGAAGAUGAUAGCCUUUUCCAAGAGUCUAUUGAAUCUCUUCGUCGUAACAAGGUUGGUAUCAAGGGUACUCUCUUCACACCUACCUCUCGUUUGGGCCACAAGUCUUUCAACGUUAGCAUGCGUAAGGAUUUGGAUAUGUACGCUUCUUUGUCCCUCUGUAAGAACGUCCCCGGUGUUUCUUCUCGUUUGAGCAAUGUUGAUAUUGCCAUCAUUCGUGAAAACACUGAAGGUGAAUACUCUGGUUUAGAGCAUCAAUCUGUCCCCGGUGUUGUUGAGUCUCUCAAGAUCAUCACCCGUAACAAGACCGAACGUAUUGCUCGUUUCGCUUUUGAUUUCGCUGUCAAGAACAACCGUAAGAAGGUUACCAUUAUCCACAAGGCUAACAUCAUGAAGUUGGCUGAUGGUCUUUUCUUGCGUACUUGUCGUGACGUUGCCAAGGAAUAUGCUCACCACAACAUCGAAGUCAAUGACAUGAUUGUCGAUAACACUGCUAUGCAACUUGUUUCUCGUCCUCAACAAUUCGAUGUUAUGGUCAUGCCCAACUUGUACGGUAACAUUGUUUCCAACGUCGGUGCUGGUUUGAUCGGUGGCCCAGGUCUUAUCCCCGGUUGUAACAUUGGUCGUGAAUACGCCAUGUUCGAACCUGGAUGUCGUCAUGUUGCUCUUGAUAUCCAAAACCAAAACUCUGCUAACCCCACAGCCAUGUUGCUUUCUGCCACCAUGAUGUUGAGACACUUGAACUUGAACGAACAUGCCAACAAGAUUUCUUCUGCUGUUUACGGUACCAUCCAAAAGGGUGAAUACAAGACUGUUGAUAUUGGAGGAACCAGCACCACCAAGGAGUUCACCAACGCCAUUAUCCAAUCUUUGUAAAAAAACUAAAACUAAAAGAACACAUUGACAUUUAUAUAUUAUUUCCCUUACAUUUUUCUAAAUUAAAAAAGAAUGAAAAAAAAAACGAUAUAUAUAUAUAUAUAUUUAUUUUAUUAAAAGAAAAAAAGAUAAUA